GUGUUUCCAACAUGUCUACAGAAGAACCCAGGCCUAGGGCAGUUUUGCUGGUCAUCGACAAGUACGCCACAUCUGUGAACCGGGAGGUGGCACAGGUCCUGACAGGGGCGGGGAGGAAAGUUUACUGCACAGUUCUGCAGGCUACAGAAGAGGACAGGAAAGCUGCUGAGGCUGAUGGAGUGGAGCUCAUCCUCCCAACCUGCAGUAAGGAAGACGAAAGAGAACCGUGUCUGAAGUGGCUGACCUUUGACCACCCCAGCCGCUAUCCCAGACUCCCAGAGGAUGUUGGGUACAUUGUGGGUCAUGCCGGGGUCUCCAGCAAAGCAGCAGCAGCCAUUCAGGAGCAGCGCUUCCCCCAAGCAAGCCUCGGUCUUGUCAUCGGGACAAUACCAGAGGACACUGACAAGUACAAGGAUGAUGAGGAGGCCAUGGGCAUUGGGAGGAAGGAAGACUCCAUCAGAGAGGAUGCAGAGAAGGCAGACAUUGUGUUCUCUGUGGGACAUAGCAUAUAUAAGCACUUCCAAAACUCAUUCCGUGCAAUUCCUGAAGACAAUAAACCAAUCCACUACCUCUUCUUGCCCGAACCAGCCAAGAUAUUCCAGGAACUUACAGUUAAGUACGUGGAAAGCAGUGUGAAAGUUGUCCUGUCCAUCGGUGGGGUCAACAAGGUAGAGAGGCUAAAAGGUUAUGACCUUACAGCCAAGUCCUUGGUAAGGGUGGCAGAAACAAAUCAGGAGAAGUUCCUUUGGCGGAUUUGUGAUACAAGUGAGGAGGAGUUUCAGGCCACUAUGUCCAUUCUCCAAGCCAGCAUAGACUCAGGAAAACUGAACCCCACAAUUCUCCCACACUGCACUCAGGAAGACAUCUGCCGACACAUGCAGCAGGCCCACCUGGUUCUCAUGCCCUCCCGUGCAGAACCCUUCGGACUGGUCGGUCUGGAGGCCAUGGCAGCCGGUGUGCCAGUCCUCAUAUCUGACCAAUCAGGACUGGCGACUUUGGUUGAGGAGGUCAUCCCUGAAUUCUAUCACUCUGUACUGGAAAUAGAGGGUGAUGAUUCUGUAGAUGUCGGGCGUUGGGCAAGUCAGAUUGGGAAAGUCCUAAGGAAGUCCAAAGUAGAGUUCAAGAGGGCUGCAGCUCUGAAAGAGAAGCUACUGGAGUCCAGGUACUGGGAGGAGUCUCAUCAGCAUUUACUUCAAGCAUGUGGAGGUGCAGCUGAGAGGGUGAAGACAAGAACUCGACUGUCAUCAGAUGUGGCGCAUGCCAGGCUGGCUGCUGGGAAUCCUGUUCCAAACCUUCCUGUGUACCUCUACCUUGGCUUGGAACAUUUGGCAUUGCAACAACCACCUACAGGGGUGCAACAACCACCUACAAGGGUGCAACAACCACCAACAGGGGUGCAACAACCACCUACAGGGGUGCAACAACCACCAACAGGGGUGCAACAACCACCUACAGGGGUGCAACAACCACCUACAGGGGUGCAACAACCACCUGCUGGGGUGCAACAACCACCUGCUGGGGUGCAACAACCACCUACAGGGGUGCAACAACCACCUGCUGGGGUGCAGGCCUGGGACACCAACUUCAGGAAACAAAUCUUGGAACGAAUCUUGGAACUGGAGCGUACAGUGUUUACUCAAGAAAUUGUAGAGAAUCCUGUACGUUACAAACAGAUGCAAGAAGUCUUCCUGCCACAUGCAGCUUUCUUAAUGAAGCUUGGGACUCAUUGCAUCAUCCUUUUCCUGAUGUUCUUACAUCAGUCUGAUUUGGACAGGUUCUACCACAACCACUACAGGGUGGGGGAGGGAACCCUGUCUCAACAACUCUCACACAUCCUCAUCUCAGACGACCUACAGAAUAAGGUCAAGGGCGCCCAGCUGAUCGUGAGGCUCCAGGUGAAGCAUGAAGACUAUGUGCGAGUACGGGACAGACUGGGGCAAGGGCUGGACCGUACCACUUCUGUUGACAACCUGCUGGCCCUGCCACCCCCCAGCAGACAUGUGGACCAUUCCAGCCUGAGAGGCCUAGACUUAGCCGUGAUUGGCCAAGACGACCAAGACCUGGUUGUGAUUGGUCCAGAGAGCCAGCCCUGUACAGAUGGAACUGAUGGCAUCACCAUGCUGUACAGACAAGUACAGUCAGCCGUGCGAACAGCUAAAGAGAAAUCCAAAGUUCAGCUUGAGACGAUGCAAGGGCAGGUGCAGAUAGGUGAGCUUGGAGUAGAUGCCAUGAGGAAGGAGGAAAAGAUGCUGAGAGAGGAAAAGGAGAAAUCCGAGAAAAUUCUCCUGGAACAGAAGGCAAAAACAACUCAGCUUCAGGAGACCAACAAGAGCCUGGAGGCCAGGAUAGCGGAGCCACUGACUGCACAUCGUUUAAGGCAUAUAAGUCUCACUUCGGGAGAAGUCCUAUAUUCUAAAGUAACAGGGGUGAAGAAAGUCAGCUUUGGGGGAAUGGGAUCAGCUAGGGGGAAAUUUGUACAUCCUUGCGGAGUAGCUGUCUCAAAAGAUAACGAGGUUUACAUUGCUGAUUGUGGGAACAGCAGAAUCCAGGUGUUCACAAUGGAUGGUGUUUAUAUCAGAGAGUUCACAACAACUCUGCCAGGGGAAACUGGGGAAAAGUUACAACCAUGGAAUGUUGCUGUAGAUAGAAAUGACAACCUGUGGGUGGUGAGUGGUAAACAUGUAGUGCAGUAUUCCAGGGAAGGCACCUGUUUGGCCACAAUAGAUUUGCCACAUGGUAAAUACCUCCGUGGCAUAACUGUAUCUAUGGCAACAGAACAGGUGAUUGUUACAGUGUAUGGUCAACUUCUAGUAUUUAACCAAGAUGGUUCUGAGGUGGGGACGUAUGGUUCAGGUCAUAUGUCACCAAAGCCUUGGAAGCCACGUUAUGUCACUGUCGAUGGGGAGGGGAACAUUCAGGUCACUGAUAACAACAAUGGCUGUGUCCAUGUCUUGGAUAAAGAGGGGAACUUCAAGUUCAAGUUUGAGAGUUGGGGAACUGAUGAAAGUCAGUUUAGAGAUCCUCAGGGCAUUUGUGUGGAUGGGAAGGGAAAUAUCAUUGUGGCUGACGGUGGAAAUUCUUGUGUGAAAAUGUUUGACAGUCAGGGCAGAUUUCUGUAUUACAUUUUAUAUGGUAUGACACCCAUGGGUGUUGCUGUGUCACCAGGUGGAGAUGUGGUGGUGACUGAUAUUCACAAUGACACUGUAUCAGUCUGGACACAGGGUUAG